AUGGGCGAUGCGUCAGAGGGACGCGCGAUUCGCGUCACCUACGCGACGCAUACCUCGCCGCAGUCUGCGGCAUUGCUGAGCCAUGUGACAGGACUGCUAAAGCAGCAGUUUCCCCUGCGCAACGUGCACUGGCGGCCGUCGCCCGCCACGCGCUCGCUGCGGCCCCCGGCGACGCGCGCUGCGGGUUCGGUGGCCUUGUCGCCCCAUGCGAUCCGCACGCUGCAGAUGCUUCCUGUAGACCUCGUGCCGUUGCAGAACGUGGUGAAUGCGGACCGCCGCAAGCCGGUGCUCGAGCGCACGCCGUGCGUGCACCUGUUCUUUGUCGCCUGCGACGACAACGACGUGUACCGCAGCAAAGUGCGCAACGAAGUGCGAAACUGGAUAGCGUCGCUCCCGGCGUGCAUGCCACAGGACUUUGCAGGGCUUCGCGUGACGCAGGACGAGGGGCGCGAGGUGCAGGCGUCGAUCGAGCCCGAGUUUCUCAUCGUGCUCGUGCGCCCGAUGCAAGAUGCGACGCCGCCCGCGCCGCCAAGCGUGGGGGCUGGGAUGCACCCGGCCAUGGCACACACCUCAUCGUCGGGGGCUUCGGCCGCGUCCAAGGGGGCGAUGGGGCGCUUCUACAAUAUGAACAAGGGAACGGUCCUCGAAAAGCUCAAGGCCGACUUUAACUCGACGACGCACGAGCGCGUUGUGCACCUCGCCAAGCUCCCGGCGGGGGGACAGGUGCCGGCAAACGACCCGGUGAUCUGGAUCGAGCUCAUGGCGCGCAUGAAGGAGAACGUCGCCAACACGAUAGGCAACCUCGUCGAGCUCCAGGACCGCACCAUCACCGCGUACGACCAGAUGCACGGCCAGCCAGGCUGGAGCUUUUGCGGCUCGCUCGCACGCACAGAACGGCUCAUCGAGACGCUGGAGCGUGUCGAGCUGAUGGAGGACAGCCUCGCGCUCUACGACGAGCUCGACCAGCGCCUCGCAGUGGGGCUUGCCGACGGCAGUGCGCACGUCAAGCGCAUCGGCGGCACGGAUCCGGGAGACGACAGCCUCCUGCUCCUCGGGCCGCUGCGCAAGCCGUAUCAGUCGCUGCUCGAGCAAGAGACCAUCUCGCUGUUUGACCUGCGCUGCUACCUCUUUGCACAGCGGGCCAUGCUCCUCGGCACGCUGGGGCACGUCGUCAAGGUCAUGCAGGCGACGCCGGCAUUUAUCGCGAGCAUCGCACAAAUGUACGCACAGCACGGCACGCAAGGCCUGCCCCCGUUCUUUGUCGAGGCCUGGUCCUUCUCCGUCUCGCUCGAUGCAGUGGAGCAAUGCCAGGCGUGGCUCGUCGAGCAGACCGCCGAGGACGAUGAGGACGCGGCGAAGCUGCACGCAUUCCACGCCGCCAAGGCCGAGCUGCUUGAGCUGGCGAUUCGGCAGCUCCUGCGCAUCGGCAUCCUCGUCGGCCAUCUGCCCAACGAAGAGCCGUUCUCACUCGCACUCGCAGGGCGCACGCCGGACGCACAGCCUUCCGACGCGCCCAUCACGCGCAAGGAGCUUGCCGAGGCAAUGGCGAGCCGCGACGUGUUUGACUCGCAGCUACGCAACCUCAUCCACCGCUCGGUCCUGGCCGCCUCGCUCAGCCAGCAGCGGAACAGGCUGUUCCGUCUCAAGUUUGUUCUGAGCUGCCUCGAGCUGCUGCGGGGCUCGUACAACGACGCGUCCAAGCUAUUUGACGAGCUCCUGGCGAUGGACCGCCUCGCAUCGUGGGGGCCGCUGCACAGCGCGCUACUCGCCAAGCACCUCGCAUGCCUGCGCCUCCAGCAGCUCGACCACGGGCCGUCGUGGACCGAGGCCAACAUCACCGCGCUCCAGGCGGUGUGCGCGACGCGGUGCCUGCCGCAUGCGCCGCACCACCUCGAUGAAAAGGCGCUACUCGACAAGCUCUGCGCCUCGAGCGAGGCGCUGCAGGCGGACGCGACGCUCGUCGGCUACAAUGGCCUUGCCGUUCAGCUCACUGCUUUUCGCGCAGAGCGCCGCGAUGACGACGAUGGCGCUUGGCUGUCGUGCGACGUCAUUUCGCACCUCCCUUUCUCGUUGGAGGUCGCAGACGUCGGUAUAUGCGUAUCCAACUAUCAGCAGAACCAGCUGUGGUUCCGCAGCGGCGCCAUGACGCUCGAGCCGGGCGUCUCGCAUGCCAAGGUGUACUGCCCGAUGCCAGCCACGGGAUUCUUCCACCUGCAGGCGACGCAGGUUCGCCUAGGCAAGCAUGUGCUUUUGGAGCACAUUGUGCAGGGCGGCGUGUCGCUUUCGACGCUCGCCGAUGCACAACAGCACGAGUACAUCCGGCCCCGUGUCUUUUUGCCGGCGGACGGCGACGCGGCGCGCAUCGACUCGUCGCCCCAGAUGCAUGUGCGCUUCGACGCACAGCGCCACGCGGUACUCGAGGUGCACUCGGGCCGCAAUGCGCUCCGCGCGUCGCUCGUCCUCGAGCCAGGCCCGGGCGUGCAGUUUGCGCCAUACGAUCCCGCGACUUACGCCUUGCGCGCCUCGCAAGGCACGCCGUCGCUCACAGAAAAGGAAGGCACGCUGCACCUCUCCGACGUCCCGCCACACACGACGUGCAAAAUUGAGCUGCCGCUCGCGACGAUCCCGCGUGCUGCGCACUUUGAAAUGAUUGUCGCGAUGCGCUACCAUACGUCGCAGAGCCAUGCCGACGAGCAGCGCACGCUCAUGCGCCGCUUGCAGGUCAGCCUUGCACUGCCCCUCGGCAUCCAUAUCCAGGACCACUUCCGCCUGAGCCAGAUCCUCUCGCGCCUCACGCUCGAGGCGAGCCAUGGGCACUAUGCCCGCACCGCGGCCCCAAGCAUCGUCGCGCCGGAGGAGGCCGAACUCAGUGUCCAGGUACCGUCGGCUGGCAUGACGGUUCUUGCGCCGAACGAGCCGAGUGCAUUCCUCUUGCGCUUCACGCCCAAAGACGGCGUACGUCGCACGGCCAACGCGAAGCCGUUCCGCCUCACUGUGUCGUACCGCAGCCUGCGGGACGAGGCGCUGGCCUCGGUCCUGCACGCCCUCGCGGCGCUCGAGCCAGACUCGGCGCUCUCGGGUGGCGACCUUGUCCUGCUGCACGAGGCGAUUGCACACACCGUCGCCGAGUCGAUGGACGAGGAAGCGUACGCAUGGACCGGACAGCAUUCGAUCGGCACGUACGACCCCGCGUACUGGCAGCGGCACACGCAACGCUGGGGGUGGCCGCGCGACAGUGCCAAAACUAAGGCGAUGCUUGCGCUGAUCGAGGCGCUGUACGAACGCAUGAAGACGCCAGAGGACGUUGCAGCGCUCGUUCCUCCCUCGGGCGAGGCCGUGCAGGCGCCUAGCGACGCGUCCGAGACGCAGCGGCUCGCUUGGAAUGCAGCGCAAGAGCGCCUGCAGUGGCGCACCCUGUCGCUGCCGCUCGAAGUGCCGCUGGUCGAUGCCAUCGCCGCCGUCACGAUGCAGGCGGACUCGACGCGUGUCCUGGUCGGACAGCCCCUCGAAGUGACAAUCACGAUCCAAGUGUCGCUCUGCUGGGGCGCCGAGAAAAGCGCGGUCGCGGCCAGUGGUGUCGCCACGCAUGGAAAGGAAGAAGAAACUCCCAAGACCGACGCUGAGGCUGCGAAAACCGAGGCCAAGGCCCCAGAGGCCGGCGCCGCCGAGCCCGACGCUGCCGAGUCCGACACGCCGACCGACACUUCCUCCGACGCAUCCUCUGCGCAGAAACCAAAAGCCCACUUGCAGUACAACAUUGCGGGCGACUAUGUCCACUGGCUCGUAUGGGGCGACAAAAAGGGCACGCUCGUGCUUCCUGCCGACAGCCUCAGCAGCACGCACACGCUCCGUGCGACGCUGCUGCCGGUGCAUGCCGGCUCGCUUCUCCUGCCGCGCGUGCGUAUCGCACCUGUGGCACCGACCUCUCGUCCUUUCCACUGCGAGACGUACAUGACCAACAGCGCUGCGUGCGUCGACGCUGUGGACCCGCUCACGCCGGACACCUACUGGGUCGACCUGCGCCCUAACGAGCGCCUCGCUGUAUAG